GCCGUAUGAAACGCGGCUCACAUCAAUAGUUUAAUUAAUUAAUAUUAAGAGCCUAAUUGCCUUAUUUUCCAACAGAAGGAUCUAGAAACCCUAGUACACACUAUAUAACUCUCGCUACCCAGUGCACGCUCGUUCAGUCUUGCUACCCCAAAACCCUAGAUCCCUUACGUCCGAGUACAGAGAGAGAGAGAGAAAGCGACAGCGGUUGGUUUCCUUCGACGACGUCGGCGAUGGCGGAAACCGAGACGUUUGCGUUCCAGGCUGAGAUCAACCAGCUGCUGAGCCUGAUCAUCAACACUUUCUACAGCAACAAGGAGAUCUUCCUCCGUGAACUCAUCAGCAACGCCUCCGAUGCUCUGGACAAAAUUCGGUUUGAGAGCUUGACUGACAAGAGCAAGCUAGAAGCACAACCGGAGCUCUUCAUCCACAUCAUUCCUGACAAGGCAAGCAACACUUUGACCAUCAUCGACAGUGGCAUUGGCAUGACAAAAGCUGAUUUGGUGAACAAUCUUGGUACUAUUGCAAGGUCUGGGACCAAAGAUUUCAUGGAAGCCCUUUCUGCGGGUGCUGAUGUUAGCAUGAUUGGUCAGUUUGGUGUUGGAUUCUACUCAGCUUACUUGGUUGCUGAGAAAGUCAUUGUGACUUCAAAGCACAAUGAUGAUGAGCAGUAUGUUUGGGAGUCUCAAGCUGGUGGCUCUUUCACAAUCACCAGGGACACCUCUGGCGAGCCUCUUGGCAGGGGUACAAAGAUUAUCCUCUUCCUUAAAGAAGACCAGCUUGAGUACCUUGAGGAACGCCGACUCAAGGACUUGAUCAAGAAGCAUUCUGAGUUCAUCAGUUACCCAAUCUCUCUAUGGAUUGAGAAGACGACAGAAAAGGAAAUUUCUGAUGAUGACGAUGAGGAAGAAAAGAAAGAUGAGGAAGGGAAGGUGGAGGAUGUUGAUGAAGAGAAGGAAAAAGAAGAGAAGAAAAAGAAGAAGAUCAAGGAGGUGUCUCAUGAGUGGUCGUUGGUGAAUAAGCAGAAGCCCAUCUGGAUGAGGAAGCCAGAGGAGAUAAACAAGGAAGAAUAUGCUGCUUUCUACAAGAGCCUUACCAAUGACUGGGAGGAGCACUUGGCUGUGAAGCACUUCUCUGUUGAGGGUCAAUUGGAGUUCAAGGCCGUUCUCUUUGUUCCUAAGAGGGCACCUUUCGACCUAUUUGACACGAAAAAGAAGCCAAACAACAUCAAGCUUUAUGUUCGCCGUGUUUUCAUCAUGGAUAACUGUGAAGAGCUGAUCCCUGAGUACCUCAGUUUUGUUAAGGGUAUUGUGGAUUCUGAGGACCUUCCUCUUAACAUCUCAAGAGAGAUGUUGCAGCAGAACAAAAUCCUUAAAGUCAUUCGCAAAAACCUGGUGAAGAAGUGCGUUGAGCUCUUCUUUGAGAUUGCCGAGAACAAGGAAGACUACAACAAAUUCUACGAGGCCUUCUCAAAGAAUCUCAAGCUGGGAAUUCACGAGGACUCCCAGAACAAGACUAAACUUGCCGAACUCCUUCGAUACCACUCCACCAAGAGUGGCGAUGAGAUGACCAGCCUAAAGGACUAUGUGACCAGAAUGAAGGAGGGCCAAAACGACAUUUACUAUAUCACCGGUGAGAGCAAGAAGGCUGUUGAAAACUCACCGUUCCUUGAGAAGCUGAAAAAGAAAGGCUAUGAGGUCCUCUACAUGGUUGAUGCCAUUGACGAGUAUGCAGUGGGUCAAUUGAAGGAGUUUGAAGGAAAGAAACUAGUUUCUGCAACAAAGGAAGGUUUAAAACUGGAGGAGAGUGAUGAUGAGAAGAAAAAACAGGAAGCUUUGAAGGAGAAGUUCGAGGGACUCUGCAAGGUGGUGAAGGAUGUUUUGGGUGAAAGAGUGGAGAAGGUGGUGGUGUCAGAUCGCGUGGUGGAUUCUCCCUGCUGUUUGGUGACUGGAGAAUACGGAUGGACAGCCAACAUGGAAAGAAUCAUGAAGGCUCAGGCUUUGAGGGACUCCAGCAUGGCGGGUUACAUGUCGAGCAAGAAGACCAUGGAGAUCAAUCCUGAGAAUCCCAUUAUGGAGGAGCUGAGGAAGAGGGCUGAUGCGGACAAGAACGACAAAUCUGUCAAGGAUUUGGUUCUGUUGCUCUUUGAGACUGCGCUGCUGACAUCAGGGUUCAGUCUUGAUGACCCCAACACUUUUGGAAACAGGAUCCACAGGAUGCUCAAACUGGGUCUGAGCAUCGAUGAGGAGUCUGGGGAUGCUGACAUGGACAUACCUCCGCUGGAGGAGACUGACGCUGAUGCUGAGGGGAGCAAGAUGGAGGAGGUUGAUUAAGCCAACAACCCCUUACCUUUACAUGGUUUUGGUUUAUUAGUUUCUUUAAAUCUCUGUCUGGGUUUUUUAGUUUUCUCUGUGUCGCUACCUGAUUAAGGUACUGGAUUAUGCUAUUAAAACUAUCAAAUGCUGGCUGAUUUUUGGGUA